AUGCCCGGGAUCAGAGUAAGUACUCUUGGUUUGAGACUGGAACCGCACGAAGCUACCGAUGGUUGGCACUAUCCGACUUUUGUUGAUCAGCUUUACGAACAAGGCUUGAUCGGAGGUUGCUUCUUCCGCCUCAAUCUUGGCCAAUACCAUGGCGAGGUCCUCUUUGAUGGCAUUGGUUACACCAAACUGAACAAGAGCACGCUCGCCGUCAAGCCACAAAAAUGCGAAAGGGUGACGGGCAACAGGGAACUCUGGGACAUCAAUCCUGAUCAGGUGAACUUCAAAAUCUUGUUCAACGUGUGGAAGGUCCAUUCAGAGUCUUCAUAUCUACUACCCAUCCCGGAAUGGUUCUUCACUCGGGGUACAUCUACCACUGUCAACAGUACCUCGAAAAGAAAAAGGAUCGUCGUGUCGAAUUCUCCUUCGACAACGGCAAGACGUGGAUCGGCAUCCCGUUCACUGAGUUUCUUAGGCUGGCGCCAAACGACAAAUAUGUCUUUAAGUGUGCUGACGGAGUUCGAGGAUCCAAGUGUGAUGCCGGCGUUUGAUUAUUUGGGGCGUUCGACGUUCAUUCUCGGUCAUUCGUUUUUGAAGUAUGCGUAUGUUGCUAUUGACCAGGAUAAGAAGGAGAUGUGGUUUGCACAGGCGGUUCAUCCAACAAUCGAGGGACAGUAG